AUGAGGAAGGAAGGGGAGAAGUCUAGAUGGAAGAGACAAGUAGAGAGGGAGUUCCCCAUCCCAACCCCACCGAGUGCGGCGAAGUUAGCGGCCAUAGGGCUGCCAACUCCGACGGACGCGAUAGAUCUCCGAGACAAAGAUGACCAGGAUGAACUGAGUCCGGAGGAACAGGAGGAAUUGUAUCAGGUGGUUCCUGAACAAUAUCAUCCGUUCAUUGAUGUGUUUAACCCGAGGAAGGGAGGUGAAGAACUACCUCCCUCAAGGGAAUAUGAUCUGGAAUUUGAGCUUAAGGAGGGGGCGAACCUGAAGGUUGCUCCACUCUACUCCCUCGGAGAAGAUCAGAGAAGUGCGCUGAGAGACAUCCUAGAUCGCGAAAUAUCGGCCGGAAGAAUCCGACCCAGUAAUUCGCCCUACGGAUCACCGAUGUUCUUGGUACCGAAGAAAGCAAAGGGUCAAUGGCGAAUGGUCAUUGACUACCGAAAGUUAAACGAGGCAACGAUACCCGAUGCCUAUCCACUGCCUCUGAUCGGUCAGAUAACCGAAGAGCUAGGAAAAGCGAGGUACUUCAGCAAGUUAGAUCUGAUUGGAGCUUAUCAACUCCUACGGGUAAAGGAAGGACACGAGCACCUGACGGCGUUCAGGACUCAGUACGGUAUGUUCGAGUCUCUUGUUGUUCGAGAUGGUCUGCGAAAUGCUCCUGCUGUAUUCCAGCAUUUUCUGAAUGAAAGCUUCAGAGAACUGUUGGGGAAGGGAGUGGUUGUCUACAUAGAUGAUAUACUCAUCUAUGGUCAGACGUUGGAAGAAUUGAGAGGAACUACGGCGAAGGUGUUCGAAGUUCUUCGAAGGUCGAAUCUGUUCGUCAAGGCUAGUAAGUGCGAGUUUGAAAAGGAUUCGGUAGUCUUCUUGGGUUUUGUGGUCUCACGGGAGGGAGUUUCUAGUAAUCCAGAGUACAUCGACGCUGUUGUGUCUUUUCCCCGUCCCAAGAACCUAAGAGAGAGCAGAGGAUUUAUGGGAGUCGUUAGUUAUUAUCGGCGCUUUGUCCCCAACUUCUCCAGGAUUGCUAAACCGAUCAAUGAUCUCACAAGAAAGGAUGUACCGUUUGUCUGGGGUAUGGAGCAGGAAAGAGCUUUUAAAGAGUUGAAGGAUAGAAUGUGUAGGGCCCCGGUGUCACGGCCGUCGAACAACUAUUUCUUAAUAGACCGACGGUCGACGAACCUCGGCUAA